UUCCUUUUUUCUUCGGAUAAUUCUUUGACUAAUGACAAAUUUGUUUGAACAGUCAAUUUCUUAAACAAUUCAAGGGAUCUAACUGCCCGCAAAAUAUCUGACUGCUGCCCGUUGUCGCGCCCUCUUCCCACGCGGACCGUCACCAUCCGCUCCCUCAUCACCCUUUCGCCUCCCGGGUAGCUACAUAUCCAAACACCCAUUCACCAUAAAUGUACAUACAUAAAACUAUGUAGAGCACUUUCUCCGUUGGCCGCCACCCACUACCUCCUCUUUCACGGUGGUGCAUGUUUCAACGGGCAGCCGCGCCACCCACCUAUACACAAUACAUAAUAUCGUAUUUUUAUAUGUAUAGUACAGUUUCUUGAAAAGGAGAAUAAUGGGUCAGGGGCUAAGUUGCCGAAGUAGCGAAGAGCAGGGACUGUUUAGUGCAGUUCAGUUGGGGGAUCUGGAGACCGUAGAGGCAGUUUUACAAAGAGAUUCAACUCUUAUUCAUCGUUCUACAGUGUAUGAUCGCAACUCAGCUUUGCAUAUUGCUGCUGCCAAUGGCCGGAUCGAGGUUCUUUCCUUACUUCUGGACCGAUCUCUCAGUCCGGAUUUGUUAAAUCGACAUAAGCAGACUCCGUUGAUGUUGGCUGCAAUGCAUGGCAAGAUCUCUUGUGUGAGAAAACUAAUUGAAGCUGGUGCAAACAUUUUAAUGUUUGAUUCGCUUAAUGGAAGAACCUGCUUGCACUAUGCUGCUUACUAUGGUCAUUCUGAUUGCCUUCAAGUCAUUCUCUCUGCAGCCCGCAGCUCCCAGGUCGCAGCUUCUUGGGGAUAUUCUCGUUUCGUGAACGUUAGAGAUAGUAAAGGAGCAACACCAUUGCACUUGGCUGCCCGUCGAAGACACCCUGAAUGUGUUCAUAUGUUGUUGGACAGUGGAGCUCUUGUUUGUGCUUCAACUGGUGGAUAUGGCUUUCCUGGCAGUACUCCCCUUCAUUUGGCUGCAAGAAGUGGCUCUCUUGAUUGCAUAAGAGAGUUGCUUGCGUGGGGUGCAGAUCGACUUCAAAGAGAUGCAUCAGGGAGAAUACCAUAUACAGUAGCUUUAAAGUAUCACCAUGGAGCAUGUGCAGCUUUGCUGAAUCCUUCAUCUGCAGAGCCUCUUGUCUGGCCUUCACCUUUGAAGUUCAUAAGUGAACUUAAUCAUGAUGCAAAAGCUCUCUUAGAACGUGCGCUAAUGGAGGCUAAUAUGGAGAGAGAAAAGGCCAUCUUAAAGGGAACAGUUUGCUCAUUGUCGUCUCCAUUAGGUCCCGACUCUGAGACUGAUGACAAUGUAUCUGAGGCAAGUGAGACAGAUCUUUGCUGCAUAUGUUUUGAUCAAAUAUGCACGAUUGAAGUUCAAGAAUGCGGCCACCGGAUGUGCGCACAAUGCACGCUUGCCUUGUGCUGCCAUAACAAGCCCAACCCAACAACUGCUUCCCGUUCUAUUCCAAUUUGCCCAUUUUGCAGGAGUGACAUUGUUAAAUUAGUUGUUGCUAAGCAUAAAACUGAAAACGACAGAGAUCGUGAUAUCAACUCCACAAAGCCUCGAAAAUCUUGGAGGUCCCGGAACUCAAGUGAAGGAAGUAGCAGCUUUAAAGGUUUAUCAGCAGUGGGCUCGUUUCGGAAAAUGGGCCGUGGCUCCAUCUCGGGGAGGAUUCUGGCUGAGAAUGAAUGGCUUGAUAAGCCAUUGAGCCUUGAUAUGUAGCAUGGAUUUUUGUAUUGAGAAUUUCAACUGGCAAUGAAUCAUUCGGAGUCUGAGGUCCUACCGGCAAUCAAGAGCUUCUUGGAGAAAAAAUCAAGCAUUUCUACACUUUUUUCUGUAGAUUUGGAGAAUAAGCAACUGAUAUUUGCAGGUUUGGGUUUGUGAAAUUUGAGUGUUAACAGGUCAACUUGUGGACUGUAGUAGUAAUAUAGUUCCACUUGAAGAAAGAGUGGCGCUUUCAGUGUUUAGUUAUUGAGAAAUUCAUUUCAAUCUUGAAAUAAAGAAUCAUUCCUUUCCUGAUAUUCUGUAGUACUUCAAACCUUCCAAGUGAUGUAGAAUGCAAAUACAGCCUUAGUGUUUUC